CCUGAUGCCACUACUGGACCUGUUUCAGAUCAUGAUUGUGCAGUCAGAAGCAUUAUGAAUGGUCAGUUCAGAAAUCACCCAGUACCACAGCAAAUACCAUCAGCUUGGAGUAAUUUUGACCUCGAAAGCAACGCUCCAGGUGGCUAUUCCGGAGGCUCCUGGCUACAGACACCUCCCCACCUAUGGACCAAGUACCACGUGUGGGAAUGGCUCCAGCACACCUUGGAUGCCAACCAGCUGGAUGCCAACUGCAUUCGCUUUCACGACUUUGACAUUACCGGAGAGCAGCUGUGCUCCAUGUCCUUCGAGAUCUUCAACCAUGUGACCGGACCUCUGGGUCCACUUCUCUUCAGCAGCCUCGAGAGCCUCAAGUGGAGCAAUAAGUUCCUGCAACCAAUGGGGCAGCCAUUAAUGGUAGAACAGAGAGGUUCCUUUAUCACUGAUAUGGUGUUCCCAGUGAAUGACGUACUUAAAUCACAAUCAUUUGAACUUACUGACGAGAGAGAGGUGGGCGGAGCAGCGCUUGCUUUGAAGUCUAUCACCCAGGACACUCCAGAUUGUCAAGGUAAAGAACACCAGAGCCACAAAGCAAAUGGGAAAAAGCACAGCCCUAGGGGAACACAUCUGUGGGAGUUUAUUCGUGACAUCCUCCUGGACUCAGAGAAGAAUCCUGGACUGAUCAAGUGGGAAGACCGAUCUGAGGGGGUUUUCCGUUUCCUCAAGUCCGAGGCUGUGGCUCAGCUCUGGGGGAAGAAGAAAAACAACAGCAGCAUGACGUAUGAGAAGCUGAGCCGUGCCAUGAGAUAUUAUUACAAACGUGAGAUCUUGGAGAGGGUGGAUGGCCGCAGACUGGUCUAUAAGUUUGGAAAGAACGCUCGUGGUUGGAGGGACUGCGACCGAUAGUUGGAAUUCUUGGAGGCUACUGUUGGAGUGACUUCCAGCUUAUGAAAAGUGACACCAGAAAUAGUUACUGUUAUUUAUGUGUAUAGAAAAAUGAUGAAGCUGGUCUUUAAUCCUUUCCAUUUGUCUACAACCUGCCUCUCCAGACCUUGCUGUAUAGAUAGGAGAGCAGUGGAAGUGUGGGGUGGGAAGGGAGAACGAGUUUUCAGAUUUCAACCAAUGGAAACUCUGGCACCCAGUGACUGCAGGACAUUACUAGGACUGUAUCUGGACAAAUGUUAGCCAGGAUACACACAUGCUCACCAGCUAGGAAUUAGGAGCAGAUUAAACAUUCUCCAAAAAUAAAACAAUAAUUUGACUGUGGAGAAUGUUUGUCAUUUCAGUCACCGCUAAAAAAUGAAUUUAUGCAGUGCCUUCAUUAUGAUAAAGCAAGCAAGGGUUUAUUCUGGGCUGCAGCCAGAUUUACGAAUCCCAGCUGCAAAGGAGAGAUCCUGGCCUGUGAGUAAACUGCUGGCUUAAUCUUUAAAGAAGUGCCUCAAAGGAGCAGAAAGAGUAAAGCAAAAUGGAGGGAUUCCAGAGCUUGAGGCCUGGUCAGUUGAUCUGUGAUGAGGGGAACCAGGAGACACAACACAAGAACUGAUUCUACAUGCAGCUAAGCUCAUUCCAUCUGUAAAGCACACUUUGGGGAGAUGGGGCAGCAUUCUUGCUGUGGGUUAAUUACCUCCAUAGCUGACACAGUAUAAGCAAAUUCCUCCAUUUUAAGCUCAGGUAAAACGUGCUUCAGGAAUGGUAAAUCGUUACCGUGGUAACCCAAGGGCUAAACUUUAUAUAAACAACAUAGAAAGAUCUGAUCUCAACGUUUCAUGACAAAUGGAAAUGGUUAAAGAUUAUUUUAUUCUGCAUAAUCCUUGUAAAUGUAUAAAUUUUCUACAAUGGGAGAAGCUAAGACCAUAUUUCAUAUAUUUUUAAACUAAUGAGGUAUCACUGUAAUCUGUGUUAAUUAUGGUCAUCUCAGAGCAGUGGUAAUGAGACAAAAGUGACAUAGAGAGCUGUUUAAAUGCAGCAACACUCUCUUACUUGUCCAUGUCUAUAGAAAAUACAUCGGGGUUUCUCAUGCAGACAAACAGGAACUGCAGAAAGCCCCACAAACCUGCUCCAUCAUUCAACAACAUCAUAGCUGAGGUUUGAGAUGUGGCAAAUCUCAGAGACUUCUGGCAGGUGGCCACUAUAACAAAGAAAACAACUAAAUGCUUCGUUAAUCGCACGUUUGCAGCUAACAACAGCACAUAUUCAAUGCAGCAGAACCAAGGUGAGGCAAGGCAACAGACCCGAGGUUCUAUUGUUUUAAGCGCCAGCCUGAAUUGGAAAGGUCGAGUACAGACUGAAUCAAGGUGGUGGGGUCCAGUCCCCAGAGCGUAUUGAAGCAACUGAACCUGAUGUUCAGAUGAUGGACAAGAUUGAAAAUAUGCCUGAACUGACGGUCUGUGGAUGGACUCUCGUUUUGGAUUUCAGUUCAGAAUGCUAUUUGCUUGUGUUUAUUGUUUGCAAAGUUAGAUUUUUCUCUCUCUGCACACUGGGUGUUUGACGGUCUUUUUAAAAAUGGGUUAUUUUGGGUUUCUUUGUUUUGUGGCUGCCUGUAAGGAGAGGAAUCUCAAGGUUGUAUAAUGUAUACGUACUUUGAUAAUAAAUGGACUUUGAACUUUGA